AUGAAGGCAGAGAUUUCGUCCACCAAGGUGAUUAUGAGAGUUGCAUCUUUUGAUAUCAGGAGCAAGGCUAACAGCACCAACAUGACUGUUUCCCAGAAAUCGCGGCCUAAUCUCUUCCACAUCUGUUUACUCCUGUGUGCACCUGGAGUGGUGUCAGGACAGUUCCAGCUGGAGCCACUGAAUUUAACAGUGCUACAAGAUUCUGAUGCACAAUUCAGUGCCACUGUUCAAGGAAAAUGGGACGUCAUGAGCUGGUCUGUCAGAGGAUCUCCGGUUCUCUUUUUCCCUUUCUCUGGAAACAUGACGGCAUCCUCAAAGCAGUUCUCUGCUAGAUUCUGCUCCAGCGGUGACACCAGCUGUGUGGAGUUCACCAUCCAUAACGUCACUCGCAGGGAGUCCGGGCCGGUCAUUUGCGACGUGCUGUGGGAGCAUGGAUCAAAGACAGCACAGCUUAAUGUACAAGAAAGUGGUACGGUCAGCAUCAUGGGAGGAAAUGUGACAGCAGAGCAGGAUGAGCAGGUGGAGUUCCAGUGUGUAACUUCGGCUUGGUUCCCCAUACCAAGUAUCAGUUGGACCCGUAAUGGUCAAGCUGUGGCCAGCAGCCUGUACACCACCACCAACAUGACUGAUGGGGAUACCUUCAACUCCACCAGUGUCUUGAAGUUUCAGGCAGUCAGCAACACCACAGUAGAGUGUCAAGCAACUGUGCAGACACUAACAAGUCCACAAUCCAGCUCUGUGUUCUUGGUGGUUGUUACCAAGCCUCCUGACUGGACCGUGCUGAUAGCCGUGGUUGUGUCCAUAGGAGGUUGUGCUCUGCUGGUUUUGCUCAUCAUUGGAAUUAUCUUCUGCUACAAACGCAGAAAAGAGAAACAACCCAACUACCAAGAUGAAAUGAGGAGAGUGAGGACACAGAGCCAAAUAAGUAGUGUCAGUGCAGCUGGACUGACACAGGGUCAGGUGAACGCGGGAUAUAUGCCAGAGGGUCAAACAAGUGUCACUCCCAGUGAACUCAAUGAGAGUUACCCUUCCCAGGCAAAUGGCACCAAGGUUUCUGAGAUGCCUGAUGUUGUGAACAGUAACCGAGCAGGAGACGACUACAACAGUGCCUACCACACUGUGGAUGAAUCAGGCCUCAGGAAGCACAGACAUGUCACCAUUGUGUAAUGACAGAUAAUGACAGGCCCUUUUUUACUGUCACUUUGGGCUGCCGAGUCAAACCAUGCUGUGCCAAUUUGCAUUUCCUUCUUCAGCUUUAAAAUGCCAAACCAUGCUGGGCUGUGCCAGGGAUUAACCCUUUCUGGAGUAGGGCCUGAGGGGUGCCUGACCACCUCCAAGCAGGUAGCAGUGACGUAGUGUGGACUGAUGCCAACCCUUGGCAACCCCCCUUCUCCCCCUGAACCAAGCGGUGAGACUCCUCUCCCCUCUGUGCAAGUGAGAAGAGAGAAAGAAGUUUUUGAAAGUCUCUGUGUGUCCAGCUCUCAGUACUUCUGUAGCUUCUAAUUGAAUCUGAAGUCAAUCAGUCAAUCAGAGGUAGUUUAGCUACUGUAGAUCUCUGCUUUAUUUAACUGUCUCGUUGGCUUUCAGCUGUAUUUACUGCUGAUGAAAACCCAGUGUUUCCUUAUUUUGCUCCUUUACAAUAAAAGCUUUUACACAACAAAA